CGGUUAGGUCAACCUGGUCAAGUGAUUGGGCUUUUGAUAAAAUAGCGAGCAUUGAACUGGAGGCGAAGCACACUGCACCCAAGCUAUGGCCGCGUCGUCGUCAUCAUCUCUUCUCCGGCGGGUCUCCUCCCAGAUUCUCCAUCGCCGCCCCAUGCUCCCUAUCUACUCUUCCUCCCUUGAUAACCCCCCCUUCCCCUUCGAAGCUGGCGGCUCAUCGGCCUCUUCAUCCCUCCCUGGCUUCUCCUCGGGGGCUGUGAUGGAUCUUAUGGCUGUUCCCAAGAAGAAGGUAUCACGCUUUAAGAAAGGAUUGAGAAAUGGUCCUAAAGCUCUAAAACCCAUUCCUGUGAUUGUACGCUGCAAAGCUUGUGGUCGGGUGAAGCUGCCGCAUUUCUUCUGUUGCAGUGGUGAUAGGGGGAGCAGUGGAUCCGCAGAUGCUUGAAACGUUAUUAGUCGGAGCACAUCAGCAGAACAUGCUUUUAGACUCGGAUUUCAUCUUAUAAGCUGAUUGCUGUUUUUCAUUUUUAUCAACACAACGGAAUUUUGUCGAAGAAACCUGGAAAUGCAUCUUGUAUCUUCUCAGCACUUUGCUGCACUCAGUAUUAAGAAAAUUUUAUGCAAUUUAUUGUUGUCCGUAUAACUCCAUUUCUAACUUUGAAGAAUCUGAUUGUAGAUCAUUGUUGAUCUGCAGGUGGGUUUAA